UCUAUCGUAGAUGCUGUGACAAAAAAAAAUUUUUUUUUAUCGAAGAUGAGAAACAUGAGGCCUGUCCAUGCAAGGAAUCAGACCACGGAUCCAUCUUCGCCGAUGAUGACGUCUCCUCUCAUGAAUCGUCACGCACGGACAGGAUCCAACGCUGGACCAGCAUCUAACGCCAAGAAAGCACAGACGAAAGCAGCAGCUCAGAGACUCGCGGCUGUGAUGUCAAACCAAACCGGGGACGAUGAAGACAGUGAUGAUGACCUUUCCUUUGACUACAACGCUGUCGGAAGCAUUGGUCUCGCUGCCGGAAGAUCUCAUCCUUCUCGGUCUCCAAUGAUCAAGAAACCUGUUGCAAGGCGUCCGCAGAUGGGAACUCCACAGUUAGCUGAUGAUGACAAUGAAGAUGAUGAUUUCUCAGUGGAUGUAUCAAGUGGCAGACCUAGUAUUGGCCUUUCUGGUGGCAGAGCAAUAAGACCUAAGUCUCCUGUAGUGACUAAAAUUGCACCACCGAGACGUACACAACCAGUAAAUGAAGAUAAGAAGAAGGAUGAUGAUGACGAUGAUGAUGAUGUUGUUUCAGUAGAUUAUACAAUUGGUAGACCAAGUAUUGGGCUUGGAAGUGGGAGGACAAUGCGGCCACAAGCUUCUAUGAACAAAGUCCAACCACAAGGACGUCCGGUGAUGGCAGUUAGUCAACCUACUGAUGAGGAAAACGAAGAAGAUGAGGCUCCAUAUGUGUACACAGGUGGCGUUCCAAGUGUUGGACUUGCUGGUGGAAGGGCUGCACGGUCACGCUCUCCUCUGAAAAAAACCCCUCCACUGAGGCAUCCACAAGUAAUAGCUCAGCCACCAUCUAGUGGAGACAGUGAUGCUGAUUAUGAUGAGGCUUAUACUAGUGUCAUGCCUAGUAUAGGCCUUGCUGGUGGACGGUCAAUGAAACCUCGCACUCCUUUGUCAAUUCGUACAAAGGAACAACCUCAGACCGGAGUUCCAACUUCAGGUAACCGAUCUUCAUUCGGUGAGGAUUCAACAUUACCUCAGACAACAACAAACCAAGUGGACCACCAGUCUCCAUCAGCACGUUCUGCCUUCUCUAACAAAUCAUCUCAGUCUCUCAACACUAUGGAUCAACCUCCCUCGGCGCGUUCAUCUUUCAGUGGUCGUCCCAUAAGGACAGUACCUUUAAUGCCAUCUGCGGUGCCUAUAUCACUCAAACCAGUCACUCCUGCUUUUCAAUCCGACACGCCAACCAAUCUUAGAAAAGACAAAAGUAGGUUCUCCAUUGAUUUGGGAAGCUCAGGAAACUUAAGAGAGUUAGGAAGUCAACGGUCUACUUCAGCUUUGCAAGAUGAGGUUGAUAUGUUACAAGAAGAAAAUGAAAGUUUGUUAGACAAGCUUCGACUUGCAGAAGAUAAGUGUGAAGAAGCAGAUGCAAGAGCCAAGCAACUUGAGAAGCAGGUUGAAAUACUUGGAGAAGGUGUUACUAUGGACGCACGUCUUUUAAGCAGGAAGGAGGCAGCUCUGCUACAGAGAGAGGCUGCUUUGAAAGUGGCUUCACAAACUCGUGGAGGAAAGAGAGAAGAUGUUUCAGCUCUUCAUACAGAAGCUGAGAUUGCUAGGGAGGAAGCAGCAUCUUCUCUAGAGCAGCUUCAUGAAGUUGAAACAGAGUUUAACUCUCUUAAGACCUUGACCAAGAGAUUGAUAUUGACUCAGGAGGAGAUGGAAGAGGUUGUUCUCAAGAGGUGCUGGCUUUCACGUUAUUGGGGCUUAUGCGUUAGACAUGGGAUACAAGCAGACAUUGCACGAGCCAAGCACGAGUACUGGUCAUCAUUUGCACCUCUUCCUCUAGAGAUUGUUCUUUCUGCAGGACAAAGAGCUAGAGACAUCGUUUCACGUUCUAACAGCACUCUUAGAGAAAGAGAAAAAUCAUUUCAAAAUCUGCAUGAAACUUCUGGUGAAGGAAAUGUGGAAAGCAUGGUAUGGGUGGAGAAAGGUUUGAGAGAACUGGCUGCACUAAAGGUUCAGGAGGCAGUUGCAUAUGUCAUGGCUCAAAAUAGACGAAACUUAUCAUCAAAGAUUUUUGUUUCAGAUGAAGUGAAACUGCCAAUGGAUGGACAGUUUGAAGCCUUUGAGUUAAGUGACGAUGAAGUUGAAGAUGUGAGUUUUAAGCAGGCAUGGCUUUCAUAUUUUUGGAGAAGAGCUAAGAACCAUGACAUUGAAUCUGAUCUUGCGGAUGAGCGUCUCCAGUACUGGAUAAACCAAGGGACUCGAUCUGCCACGUCCCAAGAUGCUGUUGAUGUUGAAAGAGGACUAAUGGAGCUGAGGAAGCUGAACAUAGAGUCACAGCUUUGGCAAAAGUCAAGAAAAGGCCUUGACCAUGAAUCUAAUCCUUCUUCUCAUGUUGAACUCUCUUUCUGAUCUUUUCUUUUUUACACACACCACAGCUAUAACGACAACAUUUCUCAUUUUAACUCUCAUUUGGUCU